AUGUCUCCUUUUCGGCUCAUUUAUGGGAAACCAUGCCAUCUUCCAGUUGAGUUGGAGCAUCGUGCACAUUGGGCAGUCAAGACUUUCAACAUGAACAUUGAUGCCGCUGGACUUCAUAGGAAAUUGCAAUUGAAUGAGCUUGAGGAAAUUCGGACUGAAGCUUAUGAGAACGCUCAUAUUUACAAGGAGAAAACAAAGGCUGCCCAUGACAAGAUGAUUCGUAGUAAAACAUUUUCUGUGGGGCAGAAAGUGUUACUUUUCAACUCUCGCCUUCGUUUGUUUCCGGGUAAGUUGCGUUCUAAAUGGAUUGGUCCUUUUGUUGUUACUAAUGUUUUUCCUUAUGGUGCAAUCCAAAUUCAAAGUUUUAAGACGGGACAUGAAUUCAAAGUGAAUGGACACCGUUUGAAGCUAUACUAUGAGUCUUUUGAGGAGCAUGGAGUGGAGGAUGUACCCCUCCAUGCCAUUGGCCCUAGUAAAGCUUAA